AUGGCGUCGCAACAACGAGGGACGCGUGCGCCGAGACAACGGGUUUUACAUGAAGAUCAAAUUCUCGACGAGCUGAACCAAAGUGAAGGUGAUUUUAGUGCUUCUGAUGAUGAGGACCUGUACAUGCCACCUGAAGUUCGACCAAAUUCUGAUUCUGAUAGGUGUUAUAGCUCUGAUUCAGAAGAAGAUCUAGAAUUAUCGACACCACCUCUUUCAUCGCCAGCACUUUCAUCAUCUUCAUUGAUUCGAGGAUCUAGAGUAAGAUCAUCUUCACGCAGAGGCUCAGGUAGUGGAAGGCGUUUCAUGCGAGCACGAGGAAGAGGUAGGAUUGUACAAGUUAACAAUGAAACCAGUAAUACUUGGACAGGAGUGUUUAGCCCAACUAAACACAACUUACUUUCACCUAAUUAUGUUCAAAGAGCUUUUAAUGAUUUCGAAAUGUUUAAAUAUUUUGAAGACUAUAUAGACGAUACAAUUUUAGAGAAAAUAGUAACAGCGACCAAUCAAACGGAAAUGCUGAAGAAUCAAAAGGCACUUGGACUCACAUUGAGAGAAUUGAAGACAUUCUUUGGUAUAUCUAUGGUCAUGGCCACUAUUGGCUAUCCUAAAAUCAAAAUGUACUGGGAAAAAGUUUGGCGACUUCCAAUAGUGGCAGAUAAUAUGACCCGUGACAGAUUUUUCUUGUUAAGAACCCGGUUAAAGGUAGUUUUCGAUAAUGAUAUCCCAGAUAGUCAGCGCGCAAUCGACAAAACCUGGAAAGUAACACCUCUAUUUGACCGUAUUUGCGAAGGAUGUCACGUUCAACAAAAGUCCGAGCAUCUCUCAAUAGACGAGAUGAUUAUACCAUUCUCAGGUCAAUGUGGUAUUAGACAGUACUGCCCUAAUAAGCCCAAUCCCGUCGGAUUAAAAGUAUUUGUUUUGGCCAACCCUAACGGGAGUAUUUGUGACAUGAAGGUAUACGAGGGAGCAACGACGUUUCCAGGUUAUGAUGGUUUCAGUUUGGGAGAGUCCGCUGUUUUGUACUUGACCACGUCAUUAGUUCCGGGACACUAUUUGUACUUUGAUCGCUACUUCACAUCUAUGAAGUUGAUGCAAGAAUUAACCCAUCGUGGUUUUAAUGCUACUGGGACUAUCAUGAAGAAUCGUGUACCUCGCGAUUGCGUCAUGACACCUGACAAUGAGUUCUCAAAACAGAGCCGUGGUACUACUGAGGUCGAUACAUACUUGCAAGAGUUUGAUGGGUCAAUACAGAAGGCUUUUGGUGUAGCUUGUGUUCAGAUGCAGUGA